AUGAGGCCGAGUUUCGAGUAUAAGAAAUGUAUCUAUUUUGAGGACAGCUUGAGGGAUGGUCUGAGGGUAUUGAUUGCUCCACAGAGGGAGCGAGAGUUUGUAGUUCUUGUGGAUAAGGCGAAGAUCGCUGAGGAGGUUAAGUGCGCAGAGCGCCAGAAUAGAGACCAUGAGAGAGGGAUCCGAGUUGAUCCUAGAAAAAUUGAGGCUGUGCUUGAUUGGAAACAACCUAGGAACGUCUCUGAGAUCUGCAGUUUUUUGGGUCUUGCGGGUUAUUAUCGAAGGUUUGUUGAGGGGUUCUCAUUGAUUGUAGCUCCUCUGACUAAGCUUCUACAUAAGACUGUUCCUUUCGUCUGGACUGAAGCGCAACAGUCGAGCUUUGAGAAGUUCAAGUUUGUUUUGACUUAG